CUGUCUGCAAUGAUGGGAGGUGAAGCGGUGAUUGUAUGAACAUGUCGAUAUGUUAGUUUUAGAUUAAAUUUCAAAUGUCUCUUUAUUAUUACAUUCUCGAAUGACUUAACAAGUGAUUAUGCUGGCAUGUGAUGUAAUAUUUAUACGCCAUGAAAGCAAUUGAAGUGAAUAAGGAUAAUUUUGAUUCUCUGUUGGCCUAUGAUGAUCUGUUUGUGGACUAUUUUAAUGCUUUUCUCCAGCUUCCUGCAUUCCCACAACCGUUAUAUUACAACCGUUUAACUGGAGCAUUCCAAGAGGUAGAGGAUGUACUUGUUGGGGGAUCACUCCAAACUGGGGAGCACCCACCUGCGAUGCUUGCUCCCAUUGACGAAGAGCUUGAAAGGAUCAUGGAAUGGGCUAUUAAUGAAAGGUUACCACUUUUUAUGAGGACAAGACUAUUUCUGGAGUACAAACUGUGUAAAUUAUUGGUACGUCCUCUUGACAACCGUAACAGUGCCAUCAGUCGGCAAAGUAGUUACGGACUUCGAGGUUACAGCCGUCAAACGACAAGUUAUGCUACAUCCAGCUUGAUACGAAGUGCAGCACCGAGUUUAUACGACAAUGAAAGCCAUCUCAGCUGGCCUGAUCUGGAUCAAACUGGUUUGUUCAAGUAUCUGCGGCCAGGCAGCAGAUGCCAGAGCUUGCCUGCCACAUUAGGCCUUGUUGGUUAUUAUGGUACAUUGUCUUCCGCUUCUGCUGUCAACAAAAACAAAGAAAGCAGCGGAGAUAGGCACAGCAGUAAUGUGACCCCUAGCAACGAAGUGAAACCAUCUCAUCUAUAUAAUACCCACAAUUCAUCAGAAUAUAUUUCUCAAGAUCUGAUGAAUACAAGCUUUGAUCAUGAAGGCUUUGCCGGCACAUCUAACAGUCAGGAGGCAAACACUCCAAAUAAAAAGAGUUCACUGAAAAGCCCAGGUUUGAAAGGUGGCAUCCUUAAAAAACAUGCUACAAUCCAGAUACCCCGAGAAACCAAGGAACAGGAUUCAGAUGAUGAGGGCAGUUUCUCUCAAGCUAUAGAUGAAAGAUUUACAUCAGCCCCUGCAGACAAGGGAGCUACAUCACCUCAUUAUUCAACAAUUGGUGAGUUUAUCCAAGAGAUAAUUGAGGACGAGGAUGACCAGCCAAGCCUGAUAGAAUAUGAGGAGGAUGAUUUGAUAAAUUGUGAAAGAACCGAGUCAGAGCUUCUCCAAAUGGUCGGAAAACAUUACAUGACUUUUCAACAACUCAAAGAAGAGGUACUUGGCGGAAUGGUUGGCAUGGAUGAAUUUAAGUCAUUUCUCAUUGGUACCGCUGGUGAGAACUUGCUGAAUUUCUGGUUGGACUGUGAACUAUAUCGUGACAAUGUACAGGCAUUAGACAACUCAGAAGUGAAGGUCACAAAAAGCAGAUUAUUUAGAGAUAUUCAAGACAAAUAUAAAUUCAAGCUAACCAAAGAUGCGAAGGAUCAGAUAAAGAAGGCGCAGGGAAACGAGGGAUUAAGUGAAUCUGUUUACACCCGGACACAGUAUGACGUGCUCCGCAGGUUGCGGAUGUACUGGGUCCCACGCUUUCUUAUCCACCAGAAGAGGCUUGGUGAUUUUAGAUUUCAAAGAAUUCAGGAGGUGCAAGAGAGAGUGCAAGAGGAGAGGCAUCAAAGGUACCAGGUAUCAUUCCUACCAUCAAUCUCUCUCGUGAACUCACUCCCAGUGCGUCCUGGAUCAUGCUAUCGUCUUGCCUCCACCGCCAAUGAUUGGAACAUGGUGUCCAAAGCGGGACGGAAAAUGCAAGAUGAAGUUCAACCGGGCUGUGUUGAGGACCUUUCUCCACGAAGCAUGAUCCGGCCAAUGUCAGCACGUUUUCAAAUUGGCUUAGCAAGUGAUAGAGAAGCUGGGCGUCCAUUUCAACAGUAUCUUGAAAGACAAAUGGAUACUAGACUUUUAGCCAACCUGCUCUUCUUGCAAGAUGUCACGGACUACGGAGAAGCCGAAGAGAGGUCAGCUGACCGGUUUCUGCGUAUGAGUCGGGCGUGGCACAUCUUUAACAAGUACAUCAUAGAUGGUUCAGUGUGGGACAUAGGGUUACCAUGUUUUAAGCGGAAUAUACUUCAUCAUCAGCUUCUGACUGCCAGUGAUUUUGUUGCUGUGACAGCAUUUGAAAAGAUUAAAGAAAAUGCUAUGAAAACAUUGCAGAGGGAGUGGCUCCGAUAUCUCCGCCAGGAUUUGAAAACAUUUUUAAAAUGUAGAGCUAGGAUAGAAGACGUCAUCACCGUCUCUCGUAGUCAUAGUCAAGCUUCUGUAGGCUCCCCUGUGGGUGGGGUUACAGAAAAAAAACAUUUAAAAUCAAUCAAAAAUCAACAAGGAAGACACUACAAAUCAACCAGUCUGAGAGACAUGGACAUUUUGGAGGAUUCCGAGGAGUCAGAACCUGACACCAGGGCUACCAAAAUAAAAACGAAAAGCAAGAAGGAAUUAAGUCCAGAAGAGAAGAAGAAGGCUGCAGAAAAGAAAAAGAAGCAAUUAGCGGAACAGAAGAAAUUACUAAGAAAGGUGAAACAAAGGGAGGCAAACCAGAAGAAAAAAUCAACUCAUGACUUGAAAGGAAGUGUAAAAUUCAAGACACCUCAAGAUGAAAAGAAGGAAAAAGACAAUAAAGCGGAGGAAGAAUUGAAAAGAACACCGGAGGAGUUAACGAGAAACGUAACAUUUAAGAAAGUUAAUAGGAACAGAUCGUUAAUGAACUUAUUCAAGUCAUAUUUACAAGAUGCUGAAAGUCGUGAGAGGGUUAAUGAAUGCAACAUGUACAUUGAUGUAGACGUCUAUAUAAGAAUUCCAGAUUCUCACGGGGACAAAAAGAUAAGCCAAGGGAAGAUGAUAAUGUCCAACUACUUUGACCCUUCCUCUAAAAGGUUUGUUGAACUUUCUCAAGAUGUUAUGACCAAGCUAUCAUCUGAAGGUAAUAAACCCACAGCAAAAACAUUGGAGCUUGCCCAGAAAGCUGUUGCACAAAAACUUGAAGAUAGUUUCACUGUUUUUUGGAGUGCUCAUGUUGAGUCUCUGGAGGAGCAGGGGGUUGUGAUUGGUGGUGACCUGUCCAAGGCAGACUUGGCCUUAAGGUCAGAUAGCUCGCAGAGCAUGAUGAUGGCCUGGAAGAAAAAACGAAGACAGGGUAAAGGCACUCAAUCUGGUCAACAUAUGCCAUCCACUCAGGACAAGAAUGAGUUCAUGGCAUUCCUUCUGCAAUUAUCCCGUGGGGUGCCGCCUGUCAAGAUGAUGCAUUUUCAUCGGUAUCUCAUAGUGCACGGUGAGAAGGAUGGAUUCCCAAUGAUGGCAAAUGAUUUGCGCUUCUACAUGGAGGCACAACGGUUUAAAGAUGCGCAUAAUGGGGACACGGAGCUCUCAUUAUUGAAGAAAAAGGUUGAAGUUAUUCAGGACUGCUUCUUUGAUUCUGCCACUGGAAGCUCUGGUGUUCAGAUUGAUGUGAGCCCUGAACUAGCAGCCAAAGUACUUCGUCUGAUCGAAAGUUUUCUGAAGGAUCGUGGUAAAGAUCCUCAUCCAGCUAAUUUAUUUGAGGAGUGCCAACACUCCAUCUUCAAGGAGCUGCUACCUUACUGGGCGGGCUUUAGUAGACGUUAUACCAGCACUCAUUUUAAAGACAGAAUACCAUCAACCAAAGUUGAACGUUUAUCCCGGGAGCGACUGAGGAAGUACAUUGAAAUGGAAGAGCCACAGAAAGAGUUCUGCUUGCCAGCCAUUGCAGCGCCACAAAGCCGGAGUGGUGGGACUUGUAUAUCAUUUACAAUCAGUGACGGCAUCCAGUGGAAGACUUUUGACUAUGGGGAUGCCAUUAGCUCACACGACGACAACGCUUCCCCCAACCUCAGUCGCCGUGGAAGUUCUUUAGAUUCCCAAACUGCCUCUGUGAUCAAUGAGAAACAAGGUCGUAGGAGUACAAUCCGGAAGAGUAGUAAUCUUGGAAGUACCAUGGGUGACAUCAAACAGAGACUUGGUGGUACACCAAAAGUGAAUGUUUUAUCUCAAAGCUGAUGAAUUGUAUUAUUGAAAAGAGCUUCUUGAGUAUGAGAGAGAGGGGUGGAAUUUGUAACACAGAAUAAUCUGUUUAUUUUGUAUAUAUAUAUAGGGUAGGGAGGAACCUAGUUUAGAAGGCUGUGGGUACAGUUGAGUUGAGUGGAUGUCGUGGGUUAAAAUGAGGCUGUGGGUGAGAAGGAUGGAAACUUAGUUAUGAGGCUGUGGGUUUGUGUAGGGAAUAUACCCUGUGGGUACUGUGGUUUAUGUUGAGGCUGUUGGUUCAGGUAGGGUGGAACUGUUGGUUAAGAUGAGGCCUGGGUGUUUUGUGGGUACUGUGGUUUAUGUUGAGGCUGUUGGUUCAGGUAGGGUGGAACUGUUGGUUAAGACGAGGCCUGGGUGUUUUUGUGGGUAUUGGUUUAUGUUGUGUGGAACUGUGGUUCAGGAUGAGGCUGUGGGUUUGGGUACAGUGGGGCAAGAUAAGGCUGAUGGGUUUGUGUAGGGUGUACAUUGUACUGUAGAUAUAAGUUUGUGGGUUAAGGUGGGCUGUGGGUUUCAGAGUGCAAGUUGUUGGUCUUGGCAGUGUAAGAAUGGGUUCUGAGUACAGUAGUUUUGCUCCUUGUGUUUACUAAAUAAUUAUGUUCUUUUAUUUGUUUAAUCAAACAUUAGUGAAGUAUGGUUUAUAAUAUGUCUUCCUGUUCGAUGAAUCAGUCUCACAUUUCUUAGUAAAUUACGUGAUUGUGGAUGUAUUAUUUUAAAAUCAAAACUUCCAGAUUUUCUUACUCCUUAUUCAGUCAACCAGUUGCUAUGACAUCAGUGUGUGCACAAGAUCCAAAUAAUUUAAUAUUAUCUUAGCUUCCCUCUAACCCAGUACUUACAAAUAAUAGUGUAUUUCUCUAUUAAACCAUGUAAAUAUAUAUAUGGUUUUAACUAUAGCUGAAUGUAUAAAAAAAAAUUUAAGUGCAAUUGUUCAUACCAAAUGUUAUUUAUGCUGAACCAAUUUGAUUAUACUAAGUGUGUGCUUCUAUUGGAAUCAUGUGACAUAUGACAUCAUCAAAGAUUAAUUGCUGUGCUUGUCAAUAGAUUAUAGUAAAUUAAUGUAUUAAAUUAAUUGUUUUUCCCAUAAAAAGGAAUACUAUUAAAAUAAGACAUCUAA